AUGACUUCACAGGUUGGCGAUGCGCUGCAUCCGACAUCCUACGAUUACAACCCAGACAUCCCUUACACAUCGAACAUGAGCGCGAGCGACUUCCGUCCCAUCAUCACCGGAGCCACUGGCGGCGAGCCUAUCGCAGGAGCGUUGGCACCCAACCGCGUCGAGUUCCGCGACUUCGUCAAGGACAAGCAGCAGUUUUCGCUCUAUGUCCAAGCUCUCGAGGUCAUCUUCAAGGAGCCCUUCGACAGGGACUUCUCGUGGCCUGCCAUUGGCGGUAUCACGCAAAGCCUCCACGCUGCCGCCCUGAAGAUUGCCCACGAGUACACGACAGACAAGCUCGGAUGGGUCAAGGCUGCGCAGAACUUCCGUGUGCCCUUCUGGGACUGGGCGCGCCCCGUCCCUGCGGGAGAGCCCGCUACCGUCAAGAACCCCGUGCACUCUUUCACCUUCCUUUCGAAGUUCCCGUACACGACCUUCGAUGCUCCGUACAACGGUUGGCAGACCACUCUCAGGUACCCCACUAGCGACCAGCCGGAUGCGAAGAGCCAGAUGGACCUCUUCGAGAGCACGUAUGGCCAGAACAAUAGCCAGGUCCGCACGCAGACAUACCAGAUGCUCACGCGGCUCGUUACGUGGAACUACUUCAGCAACCACACAACGAAGCAGAACCCGCCUAUCGCCAACAGUCUCGAGACCAUUCACGACAACAUGCAUCUGUUGAUUGGUGGAAACGAGCAAUACGAGGGGCACAUGUCCGAUGUCCCUGUCGCUGGCUUCGAUGCUGCAUUCUUCUUGCACCACGCCAACGUCGAUAGGCUGCUGUCGCUCUGGCAGGCCAUCAACUACGAUGUCUGGGUCACCCCGGGAGACCAGCCCGGCGGAACCUACACCAUCAAGGAUAACGGCCCUGUCAAUGUUCAGUCCGAUCUGACUCCGUUCUGGCUCACUGAGUCGUCGUUCUGGAAUUCGACCCAACCCCGCGGAGAUCCGCACGGCCACUUCGAGCGCGUCGGGAAGCUCUACGGACCUGUCAGGCCGACACCGCUUACCGUCCAGCCUGGUGGCCCCGAGAUCCCUGCUGGUGGCCCCGGCCCCGUCCAGCCUGGCGGUCCCGAGAAGCCCCCGACUGGGACGAGCUCCGGCGGCUCCACGUCCGUCGAGUACAACAGCACGACGCACGAGUGGACCGUGCACAUCCGCUUCAAGAAGUUCGAGCUCGGGAAGAGCUACUCCGUCCAGGUCUUCCUGGGCGAGACGUACGUCGGCUCCGUGUCCGCGUUCACGAGUGCCUCCGCGCACCGGUGCGAGAACUGCCGGAACAACCUGGACAUCGAGCUGGAGGGCUUCGUGCACCUGAACGAGGUUCUACUGCAGAAGCUGCACACGCUCUCGCCGGACGUCGUGAAGCCCUACUUGACGAAGGAGCUCAGCCUCAAGGUCCAGGGCAGGAAGCGCGAUCUGCCGUCGCUCAAGGUGGCUCCGUUCUCGCGCCACGUCUACCAGGACUCGCCAUACGAGGUCCCGAGGCUGGGCGACGUGACUUACCACCAUGGUGUUCUCAGUGGCAAGCCCGGCCACACCCCGGCUGAGCGCUGGUGA